AUGCUGUCGUCCAUAUGGAAGCCCUCGGAGCAGCUCCGCGGCACCGAAUCCCGCGCGCUCAUCUACUUUGUCUGCGGCAACCCCGGCCUCAUCGGCUUCUACGUCGACUUCCUCGACGCCCUGCGCAACCUCCUCGACACCUCCCAGUCCGCCACGGCCUACGACAUCUACGGCCGCAACCUCCUCGGCUUCUGCGACCAUGAGCACGAGCCCUUUACGCCGGACAAUCCGCCCUGGGACGUCGACGGCCAAGUAGACGCCAUCUACCAAGACGUGGCCUCGCGCCGCGUCCGCAUCGAGGAUGGCAGCGGCAGCGGCAGCGGCAACGACGGGCCUUACGACUUCAUCAUCCUCAUGGGCCACUCCAUCGGCGCCUACAUCGCCGUCGAGAUCUUCCACAGACACAUGCAGGACCCCGGCCGGGCGCCGCACCUUCGUCUCCGCCACGGAUUCCUCCUCUUCCCCACCAUUGCGUCGCUCGCGCUGUCGCAGAGCGGCACGCGCAUGAACUACAUGCGGAGCCUGCCCACCAUGGAGGCGCACUUCGUCACCUACGCCAAGGCUCUCCUGAGCCUCUUCCCGCGGGGGACGCUGCACUGGAUCAUCCAAAACGUCAUGGGCUUCUCGCCGCGCGCCGCCGACGUGACGGCCGAGUGGCUCAAGAGCAGAGACGGCGUGCUGCAGGCAUUGCACAUGGGCAAGUCGGAGCUCGACACCAUCUUCGAGGACAAGUGGGACGACGAGCUGUGGGAGGUGUCUGCCUCCGCGGCGGAGCUGCCGGCGCCGAGGUUCUUCAUGUUUUACGGCCGGGAGGACCACUGGGUUGCCAACCAUGUGAGAGACGAGUUCAUCGAGAGGAGGCGCAGGGCUGGGGAGAAGGGCGGCCGGACGAGCAUCACGGUUGACGAGGGCAAUAUUCAGCAUGCGUUUUGCACCAAGGAGCGUAAGUGA